CUAGUAGAAGCGUCAAAGCGUGUUAGUCCAUUUCGUCAGACCCGACGCAGACUAUACAUCCUCCACUAGUGCUCCCAAGCCAUUUUCUCUCCGGAAUCCCCUCGUCAUUCAUUCACAUUCUUAUCGCCGUCGAUGCCCAUCGCUGACGAAAGGCACAUUUAUACCCAUUGGUGAAGCUGAAGAUAGCAAAGGGAUUGGUUUUUCUCCCCUCCCCAGACCUUCUAAAAUGUGGUUUGCCAGUUUUGAACUGUUGAAGUUGCAGACCAGAGGUUGUAAAGUUUCUCAUGCUUUUUGAUUGCGAUAUCUUAACUAAAACCAUCAUUAGGCGGGAGAGAUCAUGGUUCCACAGCGCCACCACAACAGCAACGAUGGGGUUUCUCAAAGGGUCAACAGCCCGCGGUUCUCGGGUCCUAUCACUCGUCGUGCCCACUCCUUCAAGCGUAACAACAACUCCACUGACGCUCAUAAUAGCAAUAAUUCGAACAUCAUCAACAAUAAUGUGCUCAGUAGUCACCAUGAGAUCGAUCUUCCCGCGAACUCACCCAGAUCAGAAGUUUUCAGAAGCUCGGUUCUGGUCGAUGGGGUUGAAUCUGCUUUGGAACGGAAGACGGCUCCACAUGUUAGCCAGAGAAUCCACGGGGGUGUUGCUGCUAAAAGUUUGUUAAAAAAUGGAUUUGUUUCUCUCGACUUUAGGUUAAGGGAAAAAAAGAAAUUGGGGCAUUGGAUGUUCAUGAUGUUCUGUGGCCUCUGCUUGUUUCUGGGUAUUUUGAAGAUCUGCAUGAAUGGUUGGUUUGGAUCUGUCAUUGAGACCAACGAAUCACACCAGGAUAUACCUGACUCCAUCACAAGUCGAAGUCAAGUGGAUCAGAGUUCUCAUAAUAUUAGACACAGAGAAGGGGAAAGUGAUAUUGAGCGAGCUCUGAUGAUGGAAUCAGGUGUAGGUGGUCGUCAAAAUUCCAUGGAUGAGGCAAGUGAGAAACCUGAGUUUGAAAAGUUUUAUGAUUGGUAUUCAGAAAUCUGGUUGAAACCCGAUAGCGAGAAUUUUGCUCCUUGCAUAGACGAGGGAAGGCGCCACAAAAAGCUAGAUGCAAAGACAAAUGGAUACAUUCUUGUAAAUGCCAAUGGUGGCUUGAAUCAGAUGAGAUUUGGGAUCUGUGACAUGGUUGUCAUUGCAAAGGUUAUGAAGGCAACACUUGUCCUUCCCUCGCUUGAUCAUAAAUCCUACUGGGCAGACGAAAGGUUCCAUUGCAAUGACAACUUUAAAGAUCUGUUCAAUUGGCAACACUUUCUUGAGACACUGAAGGACGAUAUUCAUAUAGUUGAGACACUACCACCUGCCUAUGCUGAAUUAGUGCCUUUCAACAAAACACCAAUUUCUUGGUCCAAGAUUGGUUACUAUAAAACAGAGGUCCUCCCACUGCUGAAGCAGCACAAGGUGAUGUAUUUUACUCAUACAGAUUCCCGGCUGGCUAACAAUGGUCUCCCGAGUUCUAUACAGAAGUUGAGAUGUCGUGUCAAUUUCCAAGCAUUAAAAUAUUCAGCUCCAAUUGAAGAACUAGGGAGUACCUUGGUCUCUAGAAUGCGACAGAAUGGAGGCCUUUAUAUUGCUCUUCAUUUGAGGUAUGAGAAGGAUAUGCUUGCAUUUACAGGCUGCAGUCAUUAUUUGAUGACAGAAGAAGAUGGCGAGCUGCGUAGAAUGCGUUAUGAAGUUGCCCAUUGGAAAGAGAAGGAUAUCAACGGGACGGAGAGAAGGUUGCUUGGUGGCUGCCCCCUGACCCCGAGGGAGACUUCCCUUUUGCUCAGAGGGUUGGGUUUUCCACCCAGCACCAGGAUAUACUUGGUAGCUGGUGAGGCUUAUGGAAAUGGAAGUAUGCAAUAUCUUAAGGAUGAUUUCCCUAAUAUAUACUCUCAUUCUACACUCUCCACAGAAGAAGAGCUGAAUCCUUUCAAGAAUCACCAGAACAUGUUGGCAGGUAUAGACUAUGUCGUUGCCCUUCAAAGCGAUGUUUUUAUUUAUACGUAUGAUGGAAAUAUGGCAAAGGCAAUUCAAGGUCACAGGCGUUUUGAGGGCUUCAAGAAGACCAUAAGUCCAGACAAGGCAAGUUUUGUCAAACUUGUUGAUGAUCUGGAUGAAAGAAAGAUAUCAUGGAAAAAAUUUAGUUCAAAAGUGAAAAAGCUUCAUAAAAAUCGGGCAGGGGCUCCAUAUCUUCGGGAGCCUGGAGAAUUCCCAAAGUUGGAGGAGAGUUUUUAUGCAAAUCCCCUUCCAGGAUGCAUUUGUGAUAGAACCACAGAAGAAUAGGGGCCAAAUUGAUUUACUUGUACUCUCUCAGACUUUUCUCAAUUGCUAUGGAAGAGGUUAAAGGGUUUCUGCCAUUUACUUGGGCACGUCUCCACCAACAGACUGUCGUAAUCUUUCAAAUUUAAGAGAGCUCGCUGGUUGGAGAAUACUCCAUAUAGGCGUAGAGGCCCUCCCUCAGGUCAGGUUGAAUCCAGUUUGUUGUGGUAAUGAUUCUUUAGUAUACCAUAGAAACGCAACCAAUUGUACCAUGUAAUCAACCUACUCCCCAAGGGGGGUAAUACAGAUACUGAAUGAACUGCGUUAAAAAUCAUAAAUACAAAAUUGUGAUACCAUAUCUCAAUAAACUUCACCGUUUUUCAUUCA